AGUGCGCAGCCCCUGAAUUGGGACACAGCUAAAGAAUCAGCGAUCAGUGGAGAAUGAAGAGAAACACUUUCAAGAAGGAUUUUUGAGACAUUUGUUUCUGAACAGACAGCAGAUCGUUGUGAUUAAAACCGUCGUUCAGAAAGUGAAAGUAAAGUUUAUAUUGCUGGAGCUCAAACAGUGAAAAUGGCUUCACUAAAUGUUUCUGCUGAAGAUCUUUCUUGUCCCGUGUGCUGUGAAAUCUUCCAGACUCCUGUUCUUUUAUCAUGUAGUCACAGUGUCUGUAAAGAGUGUCUUCAACAGUUCUGGAGAACCAAGAAAACUCAGGAGUGUCCUGUCUGCAGGAGAAGAUCCUCAAGAGAACAACCUCCUCUUAAUCUUGUGUUAAAAAACUUAUGUGAGUUGGUCCUGACAGAGAGAAUGUCUGAGGAGAUCUGCAGUUUACACAGUGAGAAACUCAAACUCUUCUGUCUGGAGGACAAACAGCCUGUGUGUUUAGUGUGUAUUAAUUCACAAAAACACGUCAGUCACACAUUCAGACACAUCAGUGAAGUGGUUUCAUCAUAUAAGUUCCAGGAGGAGCUCAAUACAGCACUGAAGUCCUUACAGAAGAAACUUCAACACAAUGAAAAAAUGAAAAGAGAGUUUGAGAAAACAGUUCAACACAUCAAGUCUCAAGCUGAGCACACAGAGCGUCAGAUUAAACAGCAGUUUGAGAAGCUUCAUCAGUUUCUCAGAGAUGAAGAAGAAGCUACAAUCACUGCACUGAGGGAGGAAGAGGAGCAGAAGAAGCAGAUGAUGAAGGAGAAGCUGGAGGAGAUGAACAGACACAUCUCAGCUCUUUCACACACAAUCAAAGACACGGAGAAGAUGAUGAAAGCCAAUGACGUCUGCUUUCUGAAGGAGUUUCCAGUCUCAAAGGAAAGAGUCCAGAGCUCACAGCCGGAUCCACAGAUGGCUUCUGGAGCUUUGAUUCAUGUGCCGCGUUACUUGGGCAACCUGCCGUUCAGAGUCUGGAAGAAGAUGCAGGACAUCGUCCAAAACACUCCUGUGAUUCUGGAUCCAAACACUGUGAGUCCACGUCUCGUCCUGUCUGAUGAUCUGACCAGUGUGAGAGACAGCUGGAACAAACAACCUCUUCCUGAUAAUCCAGAGAGAUUUGACUGGUAUGAGUGUGUUCUGGGUUCAGAGGGGUUUAACUCAGGAACACACUGCUGGGAUGUGGAGGUUAAAGAGAGUUCAGACUGGACUCUUGGAGUAACUACAGCAUCAAACCAGAGGAAGGGAGGGGGUUUCUUCAACACUGAUGUCUGGUGUGUGUCGAACGGAUGUACUGCAGGUUCUAGUUUUCGUGUCAAUCAGGAUCUUGAUCGUGUGAGAGUGAAUCUGGACUAUGACAGAGGAAGGGUGUCAUUCUCUGAUCCUGUAACUAACACACAUCUACACACAUUCACAACCACCUUCACUCACACACUCUUUCCAUUCUUCUGGUGUCAUGAUGGAUCUCUGAGGAUCUUAGCGGUCAAUAGUCAGUAAUCGUUACUCCUGCAGGUCUGGAUCUUCCUGCUUUCAUCAUGUUUCCAAUAUUUAAUCCAGAUCACAUGAGUAAGAGUGCUGUUGAUCUGAAUAUCAGUACGGUGGCUGUGAUUGGCCCGUGAUGGUCACAUGACUGAUAUCAGCACUACAGCAACACUCACACUCUCAUAUUUCAUAUCAGCAGAUCAAUAAACAACAAGUUUAUUUAAUUAGAGUUUAGAAGAAGUUUAAAAAGCACUUUACACAAUAAGAACAAUUUUUUUAGAUCAUUGUAGGAUAAUGACCUGAUUAUUUUCAGUGAAGUUCGUCAAUUUGCUAAUUUUCACAUAAUUAUAUAUAUUUUUUCUAGAAACUGAACCUAAUUCUACAGUUUCAGUGAAUUUGUAAAUGAAUAAUAGUUUAUUUCAGUUUAAAUGAUCAUGUGUUCACUAAAAUACAUGUAAAUGAUGAACUCUUAGAAACUCUUGAUUAGCAGCAUUUAUGGAUCUAAUUUUAAAAAACAAAAAGUCAAAGUUUCUGUGAUUCACUGACAAAGACUGAGUUUCAGAACAGAAUUUGAUGAUCUCUAGUUUUAAAAGUUUUGAUCUACAGCAUCAUUCAGACACACAGACAUUGAGAAUCUCAACAAUGACGAUCAAAAGCUUCAUGCCGCAGUGCAUGCUGGGAGUUUUGUAUGCUGGCACCCAGCAUGCAUUGCAGCAUUAAGUUUUUGAUUGUCACCAUUUCUGAUGUGUGAAUGAUGCAGAACCUCUGAAUGUGUUAUGUGAUGAUGAAUCAUCGUGAUCGUCUGAUUGGCUGAUCUCAUUCUGUCUAUAAAUCACAGAGUCUUUCUUUGGUGUCAAAUCGUUCCUAUCAGAUCACAUCUAACAAUCAUUACAGGCAGUAAGUUAGUUUCACGUCAUAUACUUACUGCUUACAACAUUGUGUGGAGCUGCUUGACAUUCUUCUUUAGGCAGAUGUUUAUUAAGAUUAAAAGUGGUUUAUUUUGUUUAAAAUCUUAUGAAUGUAUGAGGUGGUGAGAGGGUCUUUUACCCCACAGACACUAAACCAGCAUGAGGAAAAAGACACACAGUACUGAUACAAACACUUUAGCUAAAAUAAUGUUUUUAAUAAUGUCUAAUUUAAUACUUGUUUAAAACAGUCACUUUAGCAAAGUUUGUACUAUUUUCUGUGUUUAUUUUGAUAAAUAAAAUAAUUCAUUGUUGUUCAAUAAAUAUACUGUUAUAAAAAUAUGUUCAUUUUAAAAAUACAGAAACAAAAUUAUUUUAAAAACGUAAAGAUUCUGAAAGCAUUGAAGAAGAUCACAUAAUAAUUGAACCUCUGGUGCUCCUUAUUUGUGAAUCACACUCAUUGUCCUCACGGUCAAAAGUGACCGGACACCUGUAACGUAACCUUAUUUUUUCAGUAAAAUCAGUCUAAUUCAUUUUUGUUUAAUAAUAUUUUUUCUUUUUGCAUUUUGAGAGGGUUUUGUGGUAAUAAUUAAUAUUUAUGCAGUAAUUAAUAUCCAUUUUCCCCAUAGAAAAUGUAUAUAUAUUUUCCAAUUUAUGCAGUAUUUCAGGUUAAAGGACUUUAACCAGUCUAGGCCUUUAAAAUCAGGCAGAUUAGCGCCAUCUGUUGAGAGUGUAGAAAGAAAACAUGUAAUAUCAUGGUGUGACCACUAGUUGCCUGUAUAGCUCUCUAAAGCAGCCUAGUUGUUUUUAGACAUAAUUACAUAUUUUUAUUAAGUGGAAGAUUUGAAUAUAUAUAAGUAUACUUUUUGUCAAGUUUUAGAUAUUUUUUUUUGUUAGAAAUAGUGAUUUGAAGUGUUUGUUGAUUAGUUGAUUCCAGUCAAACCUGAACAUUGUGUUAGAAAGAGAACAUGAAGCAUUUUGUUGCCAUUUUUUUUUAUUCAGAAUUUAAUAAUAAUAAUAAUAAAAAUGCAAUUCAUUCAGUCAUAACGCUUUAUGUAAACAUUUUUCAAUGAACAUGACUAUUUUUUGUAAAAUGUCAGUGAACAGUAACAAAGGGAAGGAACCGUAAUCAAAAAGGAAACAGAAAAAAAGAAUGUAAAGUCUCUUGCAAACUGGAUUUUUUUUUUUUUUUUUUUACUACUUAUGCUCGUCACAGAGCUCCUGCAGAAACAACAACAAAAAUAAUAAAAUAGAUAAAUAAGAAUGAUUGGAACGGUGUGAAGAAACAAGCCUGAGCUUCCAAGUGCCCUGACAAACCCAAGCUUCUCAUCGCUGUUCGUUGCAGAUCCACGUUAUUAUACACGCUGCACAAAUGAAGUAAAAGUUACUAAAUACUUAACAAAAAACUAUACUUCAGUGACAGUGACAGUGGCGUUUUUAUUUUACAGUCUGAUAACUGAUUUCCACAUACAUGCUGUUUGCUUUUCUCACUACAGUAAUUUACAGGUAUAUGUCGAACCCACCUCAUUCGUUGUGUGUCCGUUAAAUCUGAACCCGCGUCAAAGAGUAUAGAACCCAAGAGGCGAAACUCUGAUACUUUUUGUGUAACAGCCACUAGAUGGCGCUCCGGUAGCGCGGCCGCCAUUAUGGGGUGAAAAUACUAACUGGACCAUAGAAUCCUUCACAUCUUACGCACCCAAAAUCAGCGAAUUUAACUGCCAAAUUAUAUAUUGUUAUAUAUGUUUUAUUUUACCAGUUGUGGAAUCCAACCAUUCAACCAUCUGAGGUAACAUAGUUAGCCUACUUUAUUGAGUAUUUCCAUUUUAUGCAACUUUACACAUUUAUUAAUGGUAAAUUAGCCUAAUAAUUAAUACAUUUAAGAUCAUCAUGUUUGCAGCGAACAAUAUAUUUCAGACCUAGUGGAGUAAUAAUAAUAAUAGUAUCACUCCACUAGGUCUGAAUUGAAAUAGGCUACAUUGUACGUUUUAAUGGAUCACGCUACAAACAUAAUGAUCUUAUAAUACAUGAUGCAUUGCUGUGUCCGUUAUCCCAUAAUUCCCACAUUUGGACACUUUUGCUUUAACGGACAUUAGACAACACUGCAAAAUCAAGCUGUUAUAUUCAUAUAUUUAUUGUCCAACAUUCCCAAUUUUUCUGAUGCAUGUCCUUAAUUUAAUUUCAUAUGUUGGUAAUAAUUCAGUGUUUAUAAGCCUUUUAAAGAAUUUUAACCCAAACUGACUGGGUUUCUAGAGAGCAAAGGUUUUGUGAAAAAAGUGGACUUAAACACAAAGUGUGUAAAAUAAACUGUUAAAAGGAUUUGAUGAUCAGUAGUGAUAGUAUUUUAUUCUGUGUUGUCAUCAUUCAGGUUGGAUUUCAGCUUUAAUGUACGUUU